UUCAGUGCUCGUCGCCGUCGGUGUCGUGCUUCUUCCGUGAGCGAGAACAUCAGGCAUUUGGAGUUGACAGAGCCUAUCAGUUGUUGUUGAAGAUGGGAGUGCAACUAUGGUGUGCGUUGUGUGUGUUGCUGACUGCAGUGGUCACCUUGAGUGGAGCAGUGGUCGUGCCAACAAUACCAAAUCCUCCCAAGGCUCUAACGUAUGUGUAUAAGACACAGAAUAUAUCAGGAAAUGAAAAAGCUCAAUUUGUAGUAACACUUCAAUGUGGAGUUACAGGAGACACAACUAACAAAGAUCGAGUGUGGGGAAGUACAUCUACUAUUAACCUACCUACACGUGUAAAUGCAGCAGAUGGGUCACUAACGCUUGGAAUAACAGAGGAUGGAACUGCUUCUGUUCAAGGGAAAGAUUAUUGGUGUUUUGCUGCUAACGAUGUGGGAAAAGUGAUUAGUACUAAUGCCACUCUUAAAUAUGCAGAGUUCAAUUUAGGACAGUGGGACAGACCUACUGGUGAAGUCGAGGCUUUUCAAGACUUCGCUGCUGUAAUACCAUGCCGAGUUCCAAAAAAUGCUCAGCCAUUUCCAGUGGUGGAAUGGACAGUCAAUGGCGAUGUUAUUGAGUCAUCAAAUAGUGAUUAUUCAGUUUCUGCUUCAGGAGACCUGGAUAUAAAUGUUGUGAAAUCGGAAAUGAAUGGAAAGAAGUAUAGUUGUCGAAUUGUCAACCAUCAUGUGACAUAUACUUAUGAAAGUGACUCUUCUGCUACGCUUACUGUCAAAGGGAGACCAAGCCCUCUACCUACACCACAAUUUUUGAAACAGCCGGUUAAUGUUACUAAAGUUGAAGGGGAGUCAGCUACGUUGGAAUGUGCAGCAUCCCCUGCCACUGGGUACACGUGGACUCAUAAUGGUAUAACUGUGCGGUAUGAAGGAUCACGCAUUCAAGGUGCUGGUAACUUGGUAAUUAAUGAAGUCAAAGAAAGCGAUGUCGGUAAAUACCAAUGCACAGCAGUGGGUGGAAGUCAAAACAAUCACAGCCAAUUUGCCUGGCUUAAAGUACAAGUGGCUCCAAUAAUCACAACCGAGAUUCCUGCUGAGAAAAUUGCAUACACUGGGAACGGGUUCGCUAUCGAAUGCGCUGCAUCCGGGGACCCCACAGCUGAAGUCAAAUGGUAUGCUAAUGGCACUGUGAAAACAUAUGGUGGUAAACUUGAAGUUGCAUCCGCUAAGAAAUACGGGGAUCUAGGAAUGUAUCAAUGUUUUGCAAUUAAUUCUGCUGGAGUGGAUCAACGCAUUGUGAGAGUGGUUGUUCGUGAUCCAGUAAUCCAUUCUGUCAAGAUAAGUCCCGUUAAUGUGUCAGUCGUGUUUGGUGACAUUCCAGAAUUUAAAUGCGAUGUUUCUGGUGAUCCUUUACCUACAAUUGAAUGGAGACUAGACGGUGUUUUUCUGAAUGACUCAGCAAACACAGACAUUGUUAUUACUUAUACACCUGAUGGUAAUAAAGCGUCUGGAACAUUGAAAUACAACAUCACCGACAAAAGCCUUGGCAAUGACCAUGUGAUAACCUGUCGAGCUAUGAACUUAAAGGGACAUACGGACUCAAAUACAUCAUUUGUUAUUGAAGUGGGUGCUGAAGUUAGACCUGUACCUGACAAGAAAAUAUUUGUAAGAAGCCAACUAUCAACUUUGUCCUGUCCUGCAUAUGGACAUAAAGGGUUGGUUCGCGUUUGGACUAAAGAUGGAAACAGUGUGGAUUUGUCAGGUAGUCGAGUUAACAUGACAUCGAGUGGUAUGCUUGUGGUUGGGUCUACGGAACUUGGUGAUGCGGGUCUGUACGAAUGCACUGUUAGUAACAAGGUCGGAGACGAGGACUACACUGACAAGCUGACUGUUAAUGUGACAGUAGAUGUUAUUCCAUUACUAAAGACAUCUGAAGCUCAACCACCAAUUUUUCAGGAGGAUUCAGCUGUUCUAACUUGUACAGCCGAUGCACUGCCUGAACCGACUGUUGUUUGGUUAAAGGACAAAAAGUUGCUGAAUGACACUAACAAAUAUACCAUUACGACAGCGUGGACUGAGAAACUUGAUUUGACCAGCAGUUUGAAGUUUCGUGUAACAUCCUCUGACUACGGUGACUAUGUUUGUGAAAUCCGAAAUUCAGCAGGUACAUCGCAAGCUACUAUAUCUCUGAAGGAGUUAGAAAGGAACAGUACAGCAAGCCCUCUUCUUAUCAUGGAAACGAAACUUGAGUCACUGUUUAUCAUUGCCAUUAUUGUGCCAGUUGUGGUGUUGGCAGUAUUUAUGUCAGUACUCGUUAUUAUCUUUGUUUGCCACAGAAACAAAGGAUCGUAUAUACCAGCUAGACAUGGUAUAGACAACAUUGGAAGUUUUCAGUUACGAACUCAUGGUGGUGGUGGUGAACUUUAUGCUGCACCUCCUGAUAUCAUUCAGCAUCGUGGUAAGUUUAUGGAUCAGCAAAAGCAGACGGAAGAGACAGAUGGCCACCACACAUAUGCCACUGUUGGGAAAAAGAGAUUGUCGAGUUCUGGCGAUGCUGAUGAAGGACGUCCUAAUCCACCAUACACUGGGAAGCCUGCUCCUCCCUAUCCGGGCAAGGAUGUUCCUGAAUCUGAGCAGAAUGGAAGCACUUUCGUUUGAGCAACACGUGGAGUUCCGGUUGUCUUGCAGCUAACCACCUUUUCUUAUAAACCCAGUUUACCCCUGCAGUUGACGUUGGUGAUAGUAGUCUUUUUACAAGAUUAAUUAAAUUCCUGCUGAACGUUGUAUAAGCUGACCAACCUGAGCUAUCCAUGGUCGUGUUGGCAAGUUUUAUAGAUAGUGGUAGACUAGUUUCUAUGCCAUGCCUGACAAGUGUUAUUAUAGUCUGUUGCAAACGUUGUGUUAUUAUUGAUAAUUCUUAAGUUUUCUGGAUUAAAUAUAUCACGUGCUAAUGGUUGUAA